AUGAAGAUAUUCGUCGUAUGUUUCGUCACUUGGGCUCUGAUAAAUCAAGAGGCGGUACGCGCGACCAGACUUACCGCCUCGAGAAGCGAUGACGAGCAUCAUUUAACAUCGUGGUCAAGUUCUUCAACAUCCGCGGAGGAACUCGGGAAUAUCGAGCAUCGAAACAUAAGAUCGGCUCAUUUAGAAUCCUCCGGGGCCAGUAUCUCUUCUUCUUCCAGGAAGGUGGAGUCUAGACAGGAAAGGUCAUCGUCAGUGGACAUCAAAGGAAAGGACGAGAGCGAAGGAAAGCAGUUGUCUGUGAAGAAAGUGGAGAUCUCGGAGCACGAUGUGAGGCAGAAAGAUGAAAACAAGGGCGGGAAAGAAGUGGAGAAGAAAGUCAUCGUGAAGGAAACGAAGAACACGGAGACAAAGUCUUCGAGUUCCAGCAAGGAGAUAAAGACGUUGAAGGAGGAAAAGAUCAAAGCCGAAGCUCGAGCCCGAAAGGAAUCGGAAGCUCGAUCGAAGGCUGAGAAAGAAGCUGCGGAUGCGUUACGGAAGUUGAAGGAACUGGCGGCAGCGCUGAAGCAAGCCGAGGCGAAGGCGAAGACGGAGGCGAACGCUUUAGCGGAAAUAAAGGCCAAGGAAGAGGCGGAAGCGAACGCUUUGGCUGCUGCUCGUGCACAGAUCAAGGCCAAGUCCGAGGAGGCUGCGCAAGCGAUACAGAAGGCGAAACUCGAGGCUGAAGCUCGUACUAUAAUACAAUCCAAUAUCCUUCCCAUCGUAAAGCGAGCUAUAGCGAAAGAAGACGCGGUAAUUAACGAAGAAUUACGGAAGAAGGCGCAACUUGCGGCUAAGACCGCUGCAGCUUCUAGUGCAGCAUCUCAGAAAGCUGUCAAGGCGCUCAAAGCGGCUCUUGCUGCCCGAGCAGAAGCUUCUGCCAAAGCAAAGGCCGCUCUGCUGGCAAUCGUCGCCGGGUCUGAGGCGUCCUGUGACGCCAAAGCCGCAGCCGUCGCUUCGAGUAUCGCUUUGAAGCAAGCUGAAAUCUCCUCGAAAGCUGCAACCAACGCUCAGGUGCAUGCUUUGGACGAGGUUAGAAAUGCGGAGAAAAUAGCAACCGGUGUAGAAGGAGCUGUUGACUACGCGAUUGAAUUAGCUACCAAGUCGAAGAACAUUGCCAAUCAAUCUAAAUUAAAAUCAAUCAGAGCGGCUGAAGUCUCUGGGUCUGCGGCGGCUGCAAGCGAGGAGCUCGAGAAGUUACAAAGAAACGCAAGAACGCUCGCUAAGGACGCGAAUUCCGCGCAGAAGGCUGCACUCGACGAAGCGAAUGUCCUAGGCGCGGAAACCAACCUGGUGGCUAGAGACGUGAUGGCUGCUUCGGCGAAAUCGGAUGUAGAGGCGGCCAUGAUCGAAGCGGAAGCUGCAGCUAGAGCAUCGGCGGCCGGAGCUGUCGGGGAUGGAGUUAUCGUUGGAUUGGGAGAGACUGCUGACUCCAAUUUGGCACAGGCUAAAGAAUUGAAGGAAGCGGUCAAUGGUGUUGCGAAGAAUCUCCAUUAA